AUGGGACUGAGGCACAGCACCUGCUCCCAAGAGAGUUCGCCGAAAGAGGCAAGCUCGCAGCGGCCUUCUGUCGAAGGACACCGCGACGCUUCUCAACACACGCCCAAGAGCUCAAUUUUCCCCUCUAGGCAGGAGUUGACUCCCGAUCCUUCUCGAAAUGAGCCUAGUGACGUGCCAUGCGAGACAACAAAAUCGCAUGCUCAUGCCGCACACCCGACGGUACAAGGGCCGCAAGUCAGCGAUGCGUACUGGGUGUUUCAGCGACCACCAAAUAACCAACGCACCUUUUACUUCAAGGAGGACAAUCUCGAGUUCUCGUCGCAGUUCGACAGCGGCAACCUCAUUCAGGUGGAGCGGGUGGAUGCGUUCCAGUAUCGCAUGUACACCGCAAUGGACUGUGGCAACGCGCCCUGGCAGACCAACAACCGGCAGUGGUUCCACUUCUCCGUCCGAGGCGGCAGUAAGGACGCCAUCGUCACGAUCUGCUUCGUCGGCAUGGCGCACAGCAACAUGUUCACCUAUGAUUGGAUGCCGGUCAUGGCUGUUGUGCCAACGCGACCGCAGUAUAGUCGCAUCACUGGAAAGGCGCAUGUUGAGGCCCUAGAGACAAUGCCAGAAACUCCCGGAUACCCUCUUCUUGUGCACAAGCCCGUGUUGAAGGACGACGCCGACAGUGACAGGGGAGGUGAUGAGGGCAACAACGACGUUGACGAUGGUUCCCCAGCCACCACGAGUACUGGGGCCACUGGCGGAACCGCCUUCUCCAUCUCGCCGAUGAGCAAAGCAUCUGGGACCGGCACGAAGAAAAAGAAGAAGAACGUUGCUAUGAACCUCACCUUCAACUUCAAAAUCGAGGCGGAGAUCUCGGUAACAUAUACACCCCCGCAGGGACGUCCAGACGCGCCCGCAAUCUACAUUGCAAGCAAUCACCCCUACUCCUACUCCACAUUGCAAUGUAACCUUGCAACGUGGCAGGAGGAGGCUCUACGAAGUAGUGCGAUGCAGGAGAGCAGUGUACAGGUACCCGAUUACGUGGUGCUGCGCUCGAUCUCAGAGGAAGGUGGCGCGACGGAGUCUCACUGCCGAAGCAGUCUAACCAAGGCACCGGCUGGAAGCAGCGUCAAGAGUAAGAAGCGCGUUGGAAGCUCCAAAACCGACAACGUCGCUCUUUCGUACGGUGGGGCUCACAGUGGGAUCUACUUCCACCGCGAGGUUCUGUGCAAGUCGCUGGAGGGACGAGACAUUACACUCUUGACGAUUAGCGACUGCAGCGGAAUGACUCUAGAGCGGGCACACCUCAUUUCCAAGGAGGAUGGCCUUCCUUACUCCUCGGCUCUCGGCCAGACAGAGAGGCCUUUCUCCUUCUCUGGCAAACAGUACGUGGUGCUAACGGCUCGUGUACAUCCAGGUGAAUGCCCAGGCAGCCAUCUCAUGCACGGCUGCAUUGAUUUUCUAUUGAACUGCACGGACAGUCGUGCGGCAGCGCUGCGACGUAACUUUGUCUUCUACAUCGUGCCGAUGCUGAAUCCGGACGGCGUAGUACGCGGUCACAGCCGCGUCGACUCCAACGGUGUUGACCUUAAUCGCAUGUACAGGGACCCGUCACCUAAGCAGCACCCCGCGCCGUACGCAGUUCUCGCCCUUCUGCGGUCGCUGGGCAGCCAUGUAACACUUUUCAUCGACAUGCACGCCCACGCCAACAAGCGGGGCACCUUCUUAUACGGUAACAGCAUGGGUUGGGUAAACCAGAUAGAGAACUUGCUUUACGCAAAGUUGGUUGCGUUAAACACGCCCUAUCUGGACUUCCGCAGAUGCAACUUCUCGGAGGCUAAUAUGUUUGCCGCUGGCAAGUCUGGCAAGCGUAAGGACUCCUCCAGCCGUGUUGUGGCCUUCACGGAGACCGGUAUCGUGCACAGUUAUACAAUCGAGACUUCUCACGUCAUGGCUGACACGCUGAACCAGGUCAUCCCGAUGACGAGCUGUCAAGCCGAGCAGCUUGACACCACCCUUCCAAGCCCACUGCCUGUAAUGCACUCACCAGCGACCUUCCGCGACACCGGUCGCGCGAUGCUGUUAGGGCUUCUCGAUAUCAAGGGUAUGAAUCCGAUAAGUCGUCUGACCUUUACACAAUUCCACUCCACACGCGGGCUCGCUCUUUGGCUACAGAGGCAGCUGCAGAUCGAGUCAGCGGAAAUGCUUUUUACGCAGGCCUUCAAGAAGCAUGGCAAGGAGGUGCAGGCGACCACGAGCGAGUCUGGAGACGCUCUGCUCGCGGCCGUUAUGAAGAGCUUGACGGCAGAGGAGUACCCAGAUAAGAUCACCAUCAAAGGCGCACGACUGCUGCCCCGAACCACCUUCAGCGGUGUGCGCAGUUUUGUGCCACUGGAGACGGCCAUUAUGCUACUGUUGCAAACGGCGCCGACGGGGCCGCCGCGUUCGGUCCUGUACGGCAGCAGCAGCGGCGCGACUGCGAACGGCGCUACAGCUGGUGGAGGAACCGACGGUAAGGGCGGCGGCGACACUCAGCGCCGAGGUACGUCCCCUGCUACUGGUAUCAACAACGGAAACAGUGGUCCGAACGUGAUCCCACCGGCGGUAAUCGCGACGCGGCGGCGUUCGAAGCCCAAUGUGACUCCCGAGAGUACUAGAGUGGAGGUGUAG